CGCUGUAUCCAUGCUGAAUUGCUGAAUCUCACGGAUGAAGAAGUAAUAUAGAGCUCCUAAUAUGGCUAGCGAUAAAAAAUCAGGAAAGUCUUCAAAAGGUACGAAGUCUACCACAGAAAUAUUAUCUGAAUUUCAAAUGCUUCGCAAUGAACAAAGGGCAAUGGCCAAUAAAUUGUCAGAAAUGGAGAUGGAACUAAAUGAACACAAGAUCGUAAUUGAUACAUUGAAAAAUAUAGACCCGAAAAGAAAAUGCUAUCGAAUGACUGGAGGAGUUUUAUGUGAACGUACUGUAGAGGAUGUAAUGCCUGCAUUGGUAACAAAUAAAGAACAGUUAAUUAAAGUCAUAGAUGCCCUAAAUGAUCAGUUAACAAAAAAAGGGCUCGAAAUAAAUGAAUUCAAAGAGAAGCACAACAUUAGAAUUAGAGGACAACAGGAUAUGCAACAACGACAAGGUGAAGACAAAGAUUCCAAAGAAGCAAAAAGAAGUGCUGUAGUUGUUAAUUCACUAUUAAGCAAUUAUUCAUAAAAUCAAAAUUUUCUAUUUACAAUACAUUUCCUGCUUACAUAUAAAUCACAUUUUGGCACUUAUUUAUUACAUCUUCAAAGAUAAUAUUGUAUUUGAAGUACAUAAAUAUUCAAUUUUUUAAUGAUUAUGUAUUUUUUGAUUUUUCUUUAUGGAUAAAAAGUAUAUAACUUCAAAUAAUUGCUUUGGUCUUCCAUAGCCAUCAUUUUUUAUUACAAUUCAAUUAUAGGAUUAUUGUCAAAUCAGUGUAUAAAUCAGUCACUGAAGAAUAGUAAAUUGAAGCAAAUUUAAAAUUUAUAGUAAAAAUUUAAAAAUAUAAGAAUUGUAUCACGGGUUGUAGUUAUACGAGAAACUUGAGUUUCGAGGGUCGGAAAAAUUUGGACGAAAUCGAAUGAGAUCUUAAUACUUUUGUAUUGUUUGGAUUCUCGAAACUUUUGGGAUCAUCUGCUUGUGCUUAUAUUCCAAAUCUAGUCGUGGGAUAUUGAAAAAUAUGAGAGAAUCGAGGUCUUGUCAGAUUCUUCAUUUCUAUGUUUAUAAACGAAAUUAUUUUAAUCAUAAAAAAGAAUUAGAAGUUAUCUUAAUUUUGAGAAAGUUUUUUAAAUAUUUGAUUUUAUAUUAUUGUCAUUUCAUAUUAUUGUUGUUUACUAUUUAUAAGAAAAUGCAUUAAUUUUUUAUCACAAGUGAAAUAUUGUUACAAGUAAGUUUAGAUUAAAGUUUAAUUAUAAAAUGGAAUAGUUAAAUAUUUGUACAAAAUAACUUUAUUUUGUGAAAUAAUUAUACUAGUGCGCAAAAUAUUAUGUAUGAAAAAUUAGAGCCAUAUAGAGGUAUAUAAAGCUUUCUAAAAUUGCUAUGAAUA